AUGGCCAGCUGGGAUAUUGGUACCCGGGCCUGGUUUCCCAACCAGGCCGAGGGCUUCAUUCCCGGUGAAGUGGCAGAGCGAAAGCCGCUGGGCGAAGGCAAGAUAGCCCUGGUCUUCAAUCUCUCCGAUGGCUCACAACAGACGGUCGAAACCACCGAGACUGCCCUCGCCGAUACCCAUCAGAACGCCUCCUUGCCUCCUCUUAUGAACCCUCCAAUGUUCGAAGCCGCCGAAGACCUGACGAACCUGUCCCAUUUGAACGAGCCUGCAAUUUUGCAGGCGAUCAAGUUACGAUAUGCCCAGAAAGAGAUCUACACCUACAGCGGUAUCGUGCUGAUCGCGACGAAUCCGUUUGCACGGGUCGACUCCCUCUAUGUGCCGCAGAUGGUGCAGGUGUACGCGGGCAAGCAAAGAGCAUCGCAGGCACCCCAUCUCUUCGCUAUUGCCGAGGAAUCAUACACGGACAUGUUGAGAGAUUCAAGGAACCAGACUGUUGUCGUGUCGGGAGAGUCUGGCGCCGGUAAGACAGUCAGUGCCAAAUAUAUCAUGCGGUACUUUGCGACGCGCGGAGCCCCCGGACAAACCAGCAAGGGGAGGGGAGAUGUCAUCAGUGAAACCGAAGAACAAAUUCUGGCAACCAACCCGGUCAUGGAAGCCUUCGGUAACGCGAAAACGACAAGGAACGAUAACUCGUCGCGGUUUGGCAAAUACAUCGAAAUCAUGUUUGACAAAAGCACGAAUAUCAUCGGUGCCCGAAUAAGGACAUAUCUGCUCGAGCGUUCACGUCUGGUAUUUCAGCCAUUGAAGGAGAGAAACUAUCACAUCUUCUACCAGCUCGUGGCCGGAGCCACUGAUGAGGAGAGACAAGAGCUGGGUCUGUUGCCUGUGGAAGAAUUCGACUAUCUCAACCAGGGGAAUGAGCCAUCCAUCGACGGUGUGGAUGAUGCUGCCGAGUUCACAGCAACCAGGAAAUCCCUGACCACAAUCAACGUCUCCGACAGCACGCAGAAAGAGAUAUUCCGCAUUCUUGCCGCGCUUUUACAUAUGGGUAAUAUCAAAAUCACAGCGACUCGAAGCGAGUCUACCCUCUCUUCAACCGAGCCCGCCCUGGUCCGGGCUUGCAAGAUCUUGGGUAUCGAUGCGAACGACUUCGCCAAAUGGACUGUUAAGAAACAGCUCAUCACUCGAGGGGAGAAGAUCACUUCCAAUCUCAACCAACAGCAGGCCACCGUUGUCCGAGACUCAGUGGCCAAGUUUAUUUAUUCGAGCCUUUUUGACUGGCUCGUAGAAACGAUCAACCACGGUCUAGCAACUGAAGAAGUCUUGCAACGAGUUAAUACAUUCAUUGGUGUGCUGGAUAUCUACGGAUUCGAACAUUUUGCCAAAAACUCGUUUGAGCAGUUUUGCAUAAACUACGCGAACGAAAAGCUGCAGCAAGAAUUCAACCAGCAUGUCUUCAAGCUGGAACAGGAAGAGUACAUGCGCGAACAGAUCGAUUGGACGUUCAUCGACUUCUCCGACAAUCAACCCUGCAUUGACCUGAUCGAGGGCAAGAUGGGAAUCCUGUCGCUGUUGGAUGAAGAGUCAAGGCUGCCCAUGGGUUCUGAUGAGCAGUUCGUUACCAAGUUGCACCACCAUUUCGCGGGGGACAAACAAAAGUUCUAUAAGAAACCUCGGUUUGGCAAGACCUCCUUCACCGUGUGCCAUUACGCUCUUGAUGUCACGUACGAGUCUGAUGGCUUCAUCGACAAGAAUCGGGAUACGGUACCAGAUGAACAGAUGGAAGUGCUUAAGAAGUCUUCCAAUCGAUUCUUGGUUGAGGUCUUGAAUGUUGCCGCUGCCGUCAGAGACAAGGACAGUGCGCAAACAGGUUCCAAGGCAGUUGCCGCUCCAGGCGGACGCCGAGUCGGUGUCGCUGUUAACCGCAAACCCACUCUAGGCGGCAUCUUCAAGAGCUCUCUUAUUGAGCUCAUGGACACGAUCAACUCUACGGAUGCCCAUUACAUCCGUUGUAUCAAACCGAACGAAGCCAAAGAGGCAUGGAAAUUCGAAGGUCCCAUGGUCCUGAGUCAGCUCAGAGCAUGUGGUGUGCUGGAAACCGUGCGGAUCAGUACUGCCGGCUACCCUACGCGCUGGACGUAUGAGGAAUUUGCUCUGAGAUAUUACAUGCUCUGUCCUUCCUCCGAAUGGACAACUGAGAUCCGGCAGAUGGCUCAAAACAUCCUGAUCAAAGCACUGGGACAAACAGCCCAUGAGAAGGCCGACAAGUACCAGCUCGGUCUGACCAAGAUCUUCUUCCGGGCAGGCAUGUUAGCAUUCUUGGAGAACCUCAGGUCAGCUCGUCUGAAGGAGUGCGCGAUCAUGAUCCAAAAGAAUUUGCGGGCCAAAUAUUACCGCCACAAAUACCUCGACGCACGACAGUCCAUCAUCAACUUCCAAGCAGCGACUCGGGCGUUCCUUGCUCGACGCAAGGCGGAGCAAACGAGACAGACCAAAGCAGCCACCGACAUUCAGCGAUUCUGGAGAGGACAGAGAGCACGUAAGAACUACAGUCAGAUCAGGAGGGACCUCGUCCUGUUUGAAUCCGUUGCCAAGGGCUACCUUUGCAGGAGAAACAUCCUCGAAACGCGCAUUGGCAACGCCGCCAUCACCAUACAAAGGGCAUUCCGAUCAUGGCGAGCAUCACGAGCCUGGCGACAACAUCGAAAGAACGUUGUCAUUGUACAGAAUCUCUGGCGCGGCAGGGUCGCCCGGCGCGACUAUAAAACGAUGCGUGAAGAGGCCCGGGACCUCAAGCAAAUUUCAUACAAACUCGAGAACAAGGUGGUCGAACUAACACAAUCUCUUGGAGCGCUCAAGCGAGAGAACAAAACGCUACUCUCACAGCUGGAGAACUACGAGGGCCAGUUGAAGUCGUGGAGAUCAAGGCACACUGCUUUGGAAGCGCGAUCUCGAGACUUGCAAACCGAAGCAAACCAGGCCGGUAUUGUCGCGGCGCGCUUGAGUGCCUUGGAGGAAGAGCAUGCUAAGCUCCAGGCCAGCCAUGAUGAACAUAUGGGUAACGCGAAAAGACUGCAAGACGAAGAGCGCAAACUUCGAGAGUCAUUGCAAACAUCGAAUGCAGAGGUGGACAAAUUACGACAAUCCGUUGCGAGUCACGAGAGCGAGAAGGGCACGUUACGGCAACAGAUCAACGAACUGCAAGAUCAACUGGAGAUGGCCCGAAGAGCACCGCCUCCCGUGGCCACCAACGGAGUCAACGGAGAGUAUGCCAACGGCGGGUCUCAGCUCGCAAAUGGCCUCAUCAACCUUGUCUCUUCCAAGAAACCGUUGAAGAGACGAAGCGCAGGCGCUGCCGAGCGAAGCGAAACCGAUAGGUACAGUGGUGCCUUCAGCGCUCGCCCCGUCUCAAUGGCACUUGACACACACGUCAAGACGCUGUCUGGUUCUACAUUCAACGCUGGACCAGACGGUGUCGAAAUGGAGCUUGAGAGCCUUCUUUCUCAGGAAGAAGAACUCAACGACGAAGUCACUAUGGGCCUCAUUCGCGGCAUCAAGAUUCCACAACCCGGAGCCAAUCCCGCACCUACCGAGAAGGAAGUCUUGUUCCCCUCUUAUCUCAUCAACUUGGUGACUUCAGAGAUGUGGAACAAUGGGUUCGUCAAGGAAUCCGAACGUUUCCUUGCCAAUGUCAUGCAAUCGAUUCAACAGGAAGUCAUGCAGCAUGACGGGGACGAGGCCAUCAACCCCGGUGCUUUCUGGCUGUCCAACGUGCAUGAAAUGCUGUCCUUUGUCUUCCUCGCCGAAGACUGGUAUGAAGCCCAGAAGACGGACAAUUACGAGUAUGACCGACUACUUGAGAUCGUCAAGCACGAUUUGGAAAGUCUCGAGUUCAACAUCUAUCAUACAUGGAUGAAGGUGCUGAAGAAAAAACUGCACAAGAUGAUUGUCCCGGCCAUCAUCGAAUCUCAGUCACUCCCAGGCUUCGUGACCAACGAAAGUAGCCGGUUCCUUGGGAAGUUGCUACCCUCCAACAACACCCCCGCGUACAGCAUGGACCAGUUGUUGAGUUUAUUGAACAAUGUCUUUAAAGCAAUGAAAGCUUAUUACCUGGAGGAUUCCAUCAUCACUCAAACCGUCACUGAACUCCUCAGACUGGUGGGGGUGACGGCCUUCAACGAUCUCCUCAUGCGUCGUAACUUCUUGUCGUGGAAACGAGGGCUCCAGAUCAACUACAACAUUACCCGGAUCGAGGAAUGGUGCAAGAGCCACGAUAUGCCCGAGGGAACUCUGCAGCUCGAACAUCUCAUGCAAGCGACCAAGCUCCUCCAGCUGAAGAAGGCGACCUUGAACGACAUUGAAAUCAUCCAGGACAUUUGCUGGAUGCUUUCGCCCAACCAGAUCCAGAAACUGCUCAAUCAGUACCUGGUGGCAGAUUACGAACAGCCCAUCAACGGCGAGAUCAUGAAGGCCGUGGCUUCCCGUGUGACGGAGAAGGGCGACGUUCUUCUCUUGGCUCCUGUCGACAUGGAUGACAGUGGACCGUACGAAAUUGCUGAGCCGAGAGUCAUCACUGCGUUGGAAACGUAUACUCCGUCAUGGCUUCAAACACCUCGCUUGAAGCGUCUUGCGGAGAUCGUUUCCGCUCAGGCUAUGGCUCAGCAAGAACGGGGAGACCUGCCUGAAGAAGUUAUUGAUGAGGCCGAAGCCGUUGCGUAG